AUGGCACAGUUGAAAAGCUGCUUGGACACGAAGGAUGAGCUCAGCUUUGCGAAUGCCCUGAACCUCAACAUGCCAGCCGCAUCUCAAGCCCUCUCCUUGGCUGGCCAGACAUUUCCCCAGCUACCCUACCUACCGCGUGAUGGCGAAAAUAUGGGUCACGUCAUGCUGCCCCCAGCACCAUCCAUGGUCUCCCCCAAAUUCGAGGCAAAAGUGUCACCGUAUGCGCCGCCGACGAAGAAAUUCCCGGACGGGGCCAUACAUCAGAUUAAUGUGAAUUUGGAGCGGAAUCGAGGGCCGGAACCCAGCAGUAUUUCCGCCGACGAUCCCCGGGUCCAAUGGGCUUCUAUCAACUAUUACGAGGAAAAGGAUCACGUUGGAACGACAAAAAUUGUUGAAACCCCCGACAUUUUCAUCGAUGGCUUCAUGGACACCCUCGAAAAGUGCCGAUUCUCGCUGGGCGGGUUGCCAAAUGUUAAGCGAAGUCAUCAGUCAGCCAAGGCUCUCGAGUACAUCUGCGAGGGCGUCAGACUUUCGAUGAAGGACAACGGCGAUGUUUGGCUGCAAUGUCUCGGAAAACAACCUCUUUUCGUGACUUCAAAUUAUUUGGACCGAGAGAGUGGGCGGCAAGGGGGAGAUGCCGUUCAUAAGGUGUAUCCCGGAGCAUCGCUAAAGGUGUUCGACCUGAUGAUGUGCCAGCACGAGCUGCAAAGCAUCAGUCACCUCAAAAUGGCCCAAGCCCUGCAAACCAAUGCCGAUCAAGCCCAGCAAGGGACUUCAAGAUGGGACCCACCGCCCUGUUCGUCUACCACUGGGUCAAUAGCGCCGAGUUAUGAAGAUGAGAAAAACCCAGCCCCUUCGGCGGAUGUAGGGGUCGACGACAUGCGACACGCUUGCGUGAUUCGCAUCUCAUUUAUCAAAGGAUGGGGUCCGGACUAUCCAAGGAAAUUGAUCACUGAUACGCCCUGCUGGAUUGAGAUCGCUAUUAACAGGGCGCACGCGUUGCUGGACGAGGUUGCAAGAAACAUGGCCAGCAUCCUCGGCAACGAUAUGCGAUAUCGACAU